GCUCCUCCCUUCUCCUCUCUCUCUUUUCUCCGUUUUCUCUCUCUCUCUCUCUCUCUCUCUCUCUCUCUCUCUCUCUAUCAAUUCUUGCUUAUGUGAUGUGAUUUUCCACCAUAUCUGCAAACUCUUACCUAAAAAGAAAGCAUCAAACGCUAAACUUAAAGAUGGUUUUCUCUUCUCUUCCAGUGAAUCAGUUCGAUUCACGCAACUGGCAGCAGCAAGGAAACACACAACAGCUAGACCGUGUCACAAAUGAUCAGAACCCUAAUUUCAGUUCACCACAGUUCUCAUCACCGCCGGCUUCUCAGGCUGGCUCGAGCCAAGCUAGGGUGAAUUCAAUGGUGGAACGUGCUCGGAUCGCGAAAGUUCCAUUGCCUGAAGCAGCUCUAAAGUGCCCUAGAUGUGACUCCACCAAUACUAAGUUCUGUUACUUCAACAACUACAACCUCACUCAGCCUCGGCAUUUCUGCAAGACAUGUCGCCGUUAUUGGACACGUGGCGGUGCCCUGAGGAACGUUCCUGUUGGAGGAGGCUUUCGGAGGAACAAGAGAGGCAAAUCCAACGGCGGUGGCAGGUCGAAAUCUACGGUCGUGGUUUCGGCUGAUAGCAACAAUACUACUUCGUCGCUUCCUUCUCACCCAAGUUACUCAAACCCUAGCAAGUUUCUUAGCUACGGCCAAAUCCCGGGGUUUGCUUCCAGCUUGCCCGCAUUGCCUCAUUUCCAAAGCCUUGGAGAUUACAAUUCAAGCAACACUGGACUGGAUUUCGGCGGAAUUCAGAUAAGCAACGCCAUGAGCGGGAUGAGCUCUAAUGGUGGGAUCUUGGAUCCAUGGAGAAUAUCUUCGUUGCAACAAGCUCAGCAGUUCCCUUUCUUGGCCAACACUACAGGCUUGGAGCAAUCUUCAAAUGUGUUGUAUCCAUUACUAGAAGGCAAUGAAGGUGUUGAUCAAGCUAAUCCUCAACAAGAGAGUAGUGAUUACUCCAAUCAGCUAAGGUCUAAACCCUUGAUGGAUAUGGUUUCAAGCGGGGAAGGGGCCGCGCAACAGAGAGAUGUGAAGGCGGAAGAGAAUGAUCAGGAUGGGAACGGAGUGAAUAACUUAUCGAGAAACUUUUUGGGGAAUAUUAACAUAAAUUCCGGAGGGAACGAUGAAUACACAUCAUGGGGAUCAGGCAAUAGCAGCAUUAACAGUUCUUGGACCGGUUUCACUUCCAACAACUCAACAGGCCAUCUCUCAUUCUAAGUACUCGGGCACGAUUCUUGAUGAUUCUUUUGUUGGUUGGGUUGUACAUGGGUCGCUCGUCAUGGGAGUUAUAUAGUACUGAGGAGAGAUCAAACCAGGGAGCUAUGCUAAUUUUGGGGCUCAGGGGGGAGGUAUGGUUAUCAAAUUAUCUUUUUUUUCUUUUUUCUUUUAGAAGAUCUUCAAAGUGUGAGUAUGUUUAAUUGGUAGCCUUCUGGUGAUAUUAUGCCUUAUCAGAAUUUGGUGUUAUUGGCUAUAUAUAUAGAGGUGUGGGUUAUGUAUUACGGAACUGAUAAUGGAAACUUUUUGGUGUGUUCAAGUUGAAUAAACGAUCGAAUUUUCAAUUUCUUGGAAACCCCUUUUACGAGGUGUAUAUAUAAAGCAUGUAAUAUGUAAAACGUAAUUAAGGUCGAAUUUCACAUACAAAAUAAAUAUAUUAUUCCAAAUAUAUACUUAAGACUAUAUAUUAU